AGUGUCGUAAUCUAGACUUGCCCAUUGAUGGUACCUCUAUUAGGUGUUAAAUGUAAAAUUCAAGGCCGCAAGUCUCAAGGAGGCCUUUCCUUUGUGAAUCAUCGAGCUCAAGAAAAGUGUUGUCGAAAUCAUUGUUCUUCUCUUAUUUCAUUGAGGCUUAAAGUAACUGGCUAGAAUGAAGGAACUUUAUAAUACCCUACCUUUACCAGAUGACCGUCCAGUGACGGCACUUUGUGUUGUCGAAGAUCCGUCAAAAUGUCCUCUUGGCUACACAGUUGUAGCCAAAUCGCACGAUCAAGAUUUGGAUGCAGAUUUAUGGAAAGAUGGUUUUUUUGGUAAAAGGAUCACACGUUAUCUAUGCUUGUCAAAGACAGAAGGUCCUUCUGGAUUUGUUAUUGAUUCAUUGUGUGUAAUCAAUGACAAAGAUGCUCCCCCCAAUGGGUAUGUCUUGUUGUCGAAAACUUAUGGGGCUGAGCAAAGAGCUUGGAGGAAGCGGCAAUUAACCUACAGACUGAGCGAGAAAAAUUCAGUCUUUCUUGCCAUUACUGACAUCAUCAUACUAAGUAAAUCAAAGAAAGCUCCUGAAGGUUUUACCAUGGGUGGAGAAAUCAAUGGAUUGGUGCUGUGUUACAAAUCUGCUCCCCUACCUUCAAAUUCAAAUCCAAUGUUGAAUCGAGUUCUUCCAUCCCUACCAGCAGUCAACCUUAAACCCACAACAAAUUCAGGUUUCACUUCAUCUACACCAGUUGUUUCUCCUACACCCUACACAAAAAAUUCUUCCAAUGCCAAUCCCCAAAUCAAAUCUCCAGUAAGACCUGCUCCAUUACCUCCUCUCAACAAUGAUAAGCCCUCACCAGAUGACAACCCAGCCACAAAGAAUCAUCUUAUUGUCAUGUCAUCGUCUACACUAUCAGGUUUCACAGGCCUGGAAGGAGUUCCUUUCUCGCUAGGACCCCGAGUGCAAUGCGGAUCAAAUUUAUCAAGGAUGAACGUCGGUAUGAAACCCCACAAAACAGCUCAAGAGCUCAACGCUGAGUACCAAUAUUCUUUCGCCACAGAGAGGGAAGCAAUGCUGCGAUUGUGACAAGCGUCUGUUAGCAGUAUCUGUUAUGACCUCUUCCUGGCUCUCUUUGCGUGUUCCUUGGUUCUAUUCAGUGAUAACUCACCACAUAUUAUUUUCUGUUUCCAACAAUUAUUCGCAUAGAAAUAACCAAUCAUGAAAAGGCUCUAUAGCGUGAAUACCUCUUUUUCAGGUAGUUUGUUUUCUGAAGUAAGCUCGCAAGUAGAUCCUGUGCUUAUCUUUCUUUCAUAUGUUUAUGAAGAUCUUUUUCUCUCUCCAAAAUACUACUUAUCCUUUAAAUUUGCUUCUACUUUCCCACCAGAAACAAAAAAAGUCCCAACAACGUAUGUUUCUUAGAACGAGUCAACGAAUUAUUCGAGAUGUUCUAGGAUUACGGUUCAAUUCUGUAUUUGCCAAAUCUUUCUUGCCUCGUAUGGCAGAGAUACGCACAUUUGCUUUUGGACGCCUAACGCAGUGUCCCAAAAGUGUUGAUCUUUUCGUUCGAAUUUCUAACGCACUUCUGUUUGCUCUGUUGUGUUUAACAUAUCACAAUUGUGCAACCUCAAUACAACCCUUAUUCGAUUGUUUACUCCCAUUUAGCCUCCUAACGCCUUGUUUCUUUAGAAACUUUGUACGACACUGAAUUGAACAUACUUUGUAUACAAGAUCCUGAAAACCAAUAGCAUCUGGUUGAGGUACGAUAAACAUCACAGAUUGAAGAGUAUGGGCUAUAGUAUUGUAGGAAUUUUUUUUUUUAAAUUGGUCGAUUCUGUCUUGUCUCGACAAUUGCACCAGCGAAAUAAUCGAUUAGGCCAAUUUUUGCAGUGACCGAAAAUGACGAGCGAGUUCACUUUGCCGAACGUUUACAACCCACGAAGAUGAUGACUUGGCGAGAGAUUCCAGGAAGUAGUUGAAUGUCCACCUCCUCUUUAAUGUUCGAAGGAUCGAUUGAGGGCGGAGCUGCAGUCAUAAAUAAGACGUAACGAUAAUCGUUAUUGCAGGAAUAUAAUGGGAGUUGGGAUGUAGGAUUAUUUAUUUAGUCUCAUGGACAGCCACUGAUGAAUGGUUUUCCAUUAAACUGUGUCCCAUCUGCUAUCGACUAUACGGCACCGAUUGGUUUUUCAUUAUUUCUAUCAUAAAGGGGCAACCGAUAAGGUCACCACAGCUGAAUGUCUGGCAACCCUCAAUGCUUUUUUUUUUUCUUUACCAAAAUGGACCGUAGAAGUGAUUAUAGCCGGACCAAUGCUUCCCUUUAGAAUCCUUCCUGUCGUAAGCAAGUGUUUGGCAUUUUUCUUCUACCUACCGAUAGACAAAGGAGACGAGUGUUCUUGAAUCACAGCCAAAAAGUCGGCCCGUCUACUGUCGCCAAAGUACAGAAAUCAAGUACCGGUACAACGUAUACCGUCCGGUUUCCUGUUUUUUUUUCCCCAUUUCUUUUCGACGAAUUCGUAUAAGGACCACAAGAAUUGUAGCGAACAAAAAAUUUUUAAAUGAGAAGAGAUUCGAAUAAAGUUUUGAGAUUUAGAAUUUAAAAAAAAAUCACUUCAUCAUAAGAAGCAAUCGUGAUUGUUAAUGGAACCAUCCAACUUUCGCUAUGUAUGACAUAUUGCUGGCGUGCAUAGGAACGAAUUGUAGCUUAGAUUUUCAUCAGAAUUCAAACGAAAUAGAAAUAAAUCGCCCUUUACCUGAAUAGUAACAACCUUCAAACUGACAAUGCGUGUUUGAAACCUUUCUCUGUAUGGGUCUUCGUUGAUCAUUGGUGAUUUCUUCCUUUUGCCACGAACCACACCCAUUAUUCAGCCUCGUUUGACCAUAUUUCGCUGUACAAUUUUAUAGGUUCGUUAAUCCUUGUGCACCUGAAUUCUAGAUUUUUCCGGAUUCAAACAAAAUUCUUAAGUCAAGUAGUGAGCUUAAUAGAAAUAGGUGUGGUCCAAUACAAGACGAAACAUGCACGAAACGAGAGGAUUUGGUUUUUGUGUAACUAGUCAAACGAGAUUUGAAGGUUAUUUCGAUCCUCUAGUGAAAAGAUUAGUUGUUCCAGUUGACCGUGAAAUGUAUACAGCAAAAAAUACGCGGAAGUUUUCCUUCAAAUGAGAUCCAGAAGGGAGUUGUCCAAUUGCCCACUGGCUAAUUUUGAACGAUAUAAAAGAAGGAACCAACUCCUAACUCUUCACUUGUUCACAACAACGUCUGUCCAGUACAAGCAUUAUCCCACAACAUGAAAUUCUUGAUCAUCAGCUUCUUCUUGGCUUGCGCCUCCGCCCAAUACGUUAGCCCAGGGUCGUCUCUAUACCACUCUCAAUUUCUGAGUGACUUGUACUCGAAGAGCGUUGAUUUGAACCAGGACGGCCAACCUGAUGUCCCAGUCUACCCCACAGCUCCCGCUCUGUUGCCCAACUACUACCCCUACACCGGUUUGAACUACCGCACUGGAUUCCCCUACCCUUACGGCGCUCCGUUCACUUACCCAUUUGCCCAGGCUCCGUUCACCUACCCAUUCGCCCAGGCUGCGACCGCCGUCGUCGCCAACGCCGCUCCCGCCAAGACCACCCGCGCUAAACGCCAAGUUGCCGUCCACAAACCCUCCGAGUUCCUCAACGAUUUCGCUUACAGUAGCGUUGACUUGAACCAGGACGGACAGCCCGAUAACGCCGUUUACCCUGCCCCAUUUCCUACCUACACUACCCCAGUUGCUCCCUUCACUGGUUCCCGAUUCGUCACUCCUUACACCGCUCCUUUCACCGGAUACCCUGGAUACUUUGGUCAAGCUUACCCUUUUGCCAACGGAUUCUUGGGUUAAAUUGAUCUGAAUCUCGCGAUCCUCACAUUAUAAUGUUGAAAUUGUUGCAUAUUCUCUUUCGAAAUUCUUUUGUCAAAUAAAAAAUUCACGUUGUA